AUGAAACUUGCAAAGCGUCGCAGAGAGGAACUGAUAGAUCAACACUGGAAUCGAAAGACAGUACGUGUCACAAUAACAACGACAGUCACUACCCCAACGGUACAACAGCAGGGAGCGCUCGAAAGUGCCGACGAUGACGAUGUCACAGACAGUAGCGAAGUUGAGGAGUUGUCUCGUGAAGAGACGGAUUCCAGUGAGGCGGAUGAUUCUAUGGAAUUUGUCUCGGAAGAGGUUGAACUUGAAAAUGCGGCUGUUGAAAAAACUAGCCGAAGUAUUGACGUUGGAGAGAGAAACGACAAAAUGGACGAGAGAAAAUUACGGAGCGAAAAUGUGACUGAGACUACAGCCACUUCAGUUCCAGCUGAUUUAGCCGUCGAACCAGCAAAAAUUAUGGUUAUGGGCGAUAAGACGUUGAGCGGUUGA